UUGCGGUAGAAUAUAUGCUCUUAUUGGUCACAUUAUCUCUGUGAUGUAGAUAGUGCUUUAUAACAUAACCUAUAAUUUUCUUAGAAGCAUUUGCAAGUAUAUACUAUAAUGCAGCAUAAGGAAUGUUCAUGUAUUUGUUAGUUACAGGAUAUUGUAUUAAAUUGUUAAAUUUUAAUAUUUUUAAUUAUUAAGCAUAAUGGCUCAAACAAGAGUGGAAAAAGUCGGAACUAUUUAUACGAGAAUUUCAUCAUUAAUAUAUGGAGGUGCAAAGGCUGAAACAGAAAAACCACUGUGGUAUACCAUAUAUGAAGCAUUUCCACCCAAAUAUGAACCAAAAUAUGAUAGAGCUACACCAUAUAUACCAAUAAGACCGAUCUAUUAUAAAGAAGACGUUAUACGCGCACGAUUUCACAAGGAUUGCAAAAAUCUAGAUCUAAUAAACUUAAGUAAUAAAAAGUAUCCGUCGCAAACAAAGAAAUUUCUUGAUACAUAUAAUGAAUUACGAAUGCUCAAUUUGUCUGAUGAGGCAGCUUAUGAACAGGCACUAGAAAAAUUUAAUUUUAGUUCAGCAAAUGUAGAAGAUUAAAAACAAUCAAAAAAACAAGAAUAAUAUGUAAUAUGACGUAUAGACAUUUUAUUUUUAGUUAAUAUAUAAUACACUCAUGGUAUUUACUCUUUCAUAAAAGGGAAUAGUUAAUCUUAUUUGUAAUAAAUAUGUAUGCGUAAUAAAAUAUAUGAAACAUAAUGCAUUGAAUACAAAUAUGAAUAUGCAUUAAAUGAACAUAUAAUUUUGUGUAGACACCUGUGUAAUAUCAUAACUUGUGUUAUGAUAUUAAUUUAUAAUCUUAUUAAAAGCAUCAAUAUUCUUUAAAUAAAAGAGACAAAUAAAAUGAGCCUUUCUAUU